AUGAAAUCGCGCACACCAACAAAACGCGCCCUAGCCGAAUCACAAACAAACUCGGCUCUCCUUCAUCCACAUAGCCAAUACCAAUCGCAUCCUUCUCCCGCUCACUCUGCAUUCGCCUAUCAACCCAUAUUGUCUACCGCCUCUUCACCUUCCGAUGGCAUCAAUUCUCAACUCUCCCAGCGUUCAACGAAACGUCGUCGAAACAGAGACACUCCACCCAGACCCUUGAACUCUUUCAUGAUAUAUCGCAGAGACUUUCAACAAAAGAUCAAAGAACAACAUCCAAACAUACUUUUAUCCGAACUGUCAAGAAUCAGCAAGAGUGCCGCUGCUCGAUGGGCGAACGAACCACAGUCUGUCAAACAACAGUAUGCCGAAAAGGCAAAACGAGAGAAGGAGUUGCACAUGAAGAUGUAUCCAAACUAUGUAUAUUGUCCGCGUAGACCAUCAAGAAGUAAGCAGAGAAAGAAGUCCACUAGCGAGGGAAGCUCUGAGAAGAUGUCUCUGGAUUUCUUAUUGAAUACCGAGAGUCAUACAUUCAGACAAUAUACUCCAGUAUAA